UCAAUCAGAAUAUCACGUGUUGAUUCACUUGCCGUUUGGCGUGUGGCUAGCAAAUAGAAAGCCAAUUUAGCUACUUUUGACACAAAGCUCCACGAUAUACAUUACAGUAGUUAAGUAAUAGUGUUCUUUCGGGAAUAUAUCCGGAGUUGCAAGGCCACGCGGCAUCUAUUGUCUAUAAUUCUACCAUGGUCGGCGUUAAAGUGAUCAGGAGUGAUUCGGAAUUUCUACCGGAGCUAGCGGCCGCCGGCUCCAGGCUCACAGUGGUAAAGUUCACAAUGGCCGGAUGCCAGCCAUGUAUCAGAAUAGCACCAGCAUUCAACAUGUUGAGUAACAAGUAUCCCCAAGCCGUCUUCCUUGAAGUUGAUGUCCAUGUCUGUCCGGCGACAAAGGCAGCCAACAACAUAUCAGCCACACCGACAUUCUUAUUCUUCAGGAACCGGGAGCGGUUGGAGCAGUAUCAAGGUGUGGAUGCUGUUGGUUUAGAAGAGAAGAUCAAACAACUCACAGAGAGUGAUCUAGGAAGUGGCGAGGAUGCUGACAUUCCAAAGGGAUAUAUGGACCUCAUGCCUUUCGUCAACAAAGCUGGCUGUGAAUGUCUCAAUGAGAGUGAUGACUGUGGCUUUGACAAAUGCUUAAGUAAAGACUCUUCUUACCUGGAGUCAGACUGUGAUGAACAGUUGCUGAUAACGAUUGCCUUCAACCAACCUGUGAAGCUCUUCUCUAUGAAGCUACAAUGUUCAGACUUUGCACAAGCACCUAAAGUGGUGAAGAUAUUCAUCAAUCUCCCAAGGUCUAUGGGUUUCGAUGAUGCAGAGCGAAAUGAAGCCACCCAAACUUUGGAGCUGGCAGAAGAAGACUACAAAGAUGAUGGAAUAAUUCCAUUGCGCUACGUCAAGUUUCAGAAUGUGCAGAGUGUAACUUUGUUCAUCAAAUCAAACCAAGGAGAUGAGGAGACCACAAAAAUUAACUACCUGACAUUUAUUGGUAACCCAGUACAGGCCACCAAUAUGAAUGACUUCAAAAGGGUCGUGGGAAAGAAAGGAGAGAGUCAUUGAGUUGGGACGGAUGGGGGAAAGAUCCCACUUCUAUAUUGAAGGACAUUAUCCUUUGCCAAAGCUGCCACACUUCAAGCAGACAUUACACACAUGUACACACAGGCACAAACACUCCUCGACUUGUGAUUUAAAUAGUUAUCAGUCUCUGGGGGCAUUUGGUCUAUAAAUCAUUUGUAUUGUAAUUCAAAA